UUUAUUUUCCGCUGGAUAAACAUCCUCUAAGGCCUUCAUUCCUUCUUGAAUAAUGUCUUGGAUGCUACUUUUGACUUUAUUCGAAUAAAAAUAUGUUUACGUAGUAACUAAAAUUAAAAACUGAGAAGCCCUGACGUCUUCCUGUUCUCACGUUGUUUCCAGGAACGGGAUUGGUGUUCUCUAUUUUGGACCUAGGCUGCACUCCGUACACCGUCAGGCGUCAACAAACUGGGGAUUGUUGUGAAAAUCAACGGCUCACCUAUCUUUCAUCAGCCGGUGUGAAGCUCACAGCAGCGGGACACCUCUGGAAGGGAGUCCCGCUCAAGCGGUGAGACGCUGGGGCAGCGUGCAGGCGGUGAAUCAGGAUGAGCACAAAGGGAGGAGUCACAGCUUUGCCGCGCAGGAACUACAGACUGGCCUCAGACAUGGACAAACCCAGAUCCACAGGUAUUGUGAACGAGAAGCUGCUGAGCGACUACCUGCACCACGUGUUUCCCUCCACCAAGCCGGGGCCGACCGUCGCCUCGCUCAGGAAGCCUCUUGGUUUCCAGGACCUGAGCUCACACCUGGAGAAGCUUCUGUCUGAAGGAGAAACACCUGAAGAGCUCAAAGAUCCGUCUGCAGAGGGCCGUCUGGGUCCUCAGCCUGUGGUUCUGGACCACACCAGCGGCUUUGAGGGCCUCUUGUUCGUGGACGACGACUUGCUGGGGGUGAUUGGCCACAGCAACUUCAGUUCCAUCAGAGCCACCACCUGCGUUUUUAAAGGGAAAUGGGCCUACGAGGUUCUGAUCUCCUCUCAGGGUCUGAUGCAGAUCGGCUGGUGCACUUUGAGCUGUCGCUUCAACCAGGAGGAAGGGGUCGGGGACACGCCGGACUCGUACGCCUAUGAUGGAAACCGGGUCAGAAAGUGGAACGUGACAACCACCAACUACGGAAAGUCGUGGGCGGCUGGAGACAUCGUCAGCUGUCUGAUCGACCUGGAUGAAGGAACCAUCACCUUCUGCCUGAAUGGCCAGUCUCUGGGGACGGCCUUCAGCAGCAUCAAGACGGGUCCCGGCGUGGCGUACUUCCCGGCCAUCAGCCUCUCCUUCAAAGAGUCGGUGGCGUUUAACUUCGGCAGCCGGCCGCUCAGGUACCCGGCUGAUGGCUACCUGCCGCUGCAGGACCCCCCCACCGCAGACCUGCUGAAGGCCCACAGGCUGCUGGGAUACAUCAAGAACGUCCUGUCCACCUCCAUCGACGCUCAGGAAGAGAAGCUGCUGGAGAAAGACUCCGCCGUCUGGAGGCUCCAGGGAGAUCCGACCGUUCUCAUCACUCUGGCUCACAUCUUCAACGUCUUCGCUCCGCUCAUGUGUAAGGUCUACCUGGUGGAGGAUGUGCUGAUGAACUUCCUGCUGGGAAUCCUGGAAGGAGGCGGUUCUGUGGAUGAACAUCCGCUCAUCCAGCAGCUGCUGGACCUCUUCUGGCUGCUGAUGGAGGACCACGAGGUGAACGAGUGCCUGAAGCAGCUCAUGAUGUCCCUGCUGAGGGCGUACCGCUUCUCUCCCAUCAUCCCGGACCUGGGCUUCCAGAUCCACUAUCUGCGUCUGACCACGGCCAUCCUGCGCCACGAGAAGUCCAGGAAGUACUUGCUCAACAACGUCCUGUUCGAUGUUCUGCGUUCAGUGGUCUUCUUCUACAUCAAGACUCCUCUGAGAGUCAAGGAGGCGGGGCUGGAGGAGCUGAUCCCGACCACCUGGUGGCCCACACACUUCGACAAAGAGGGAAAAGAUGAGCGAGAACCCAAAGACGAGAGUUCAGACGAGCGUCUGAGGCGCCGAGCGUACGAGAGAGGCUGCCAGCGGCUGAAGAAGAGGAUCGAAGUGGUGGAGGACCUGCAGGUCCAGAUCCUCAGGUUGCUGCUCAACAACAAGGACAAAAAUACGGGAGAAGCUUCUCGUUACAUUUUCCUCAACAAGUUCAGGAAGUUCCUGCAGGAGAACGCCAGCAACCGAGGGCAUCCCACAGCUCUGUGUCCUCCAGAAUACAUGGUGUGUUUCCUGCACCGUCUCAUCACCGCCGUGCGGAGCAGCUGGGACGAAGGCAGCAGGAAGAGUCCCAGCAGCCUCAGCAGCGAAGACGCCUAUGUUCCUCCUCAGCUCUUCUACAACGGGAAGGUGGAUUACUUUGACCUGCAGAGACUGGGAGGACUCCUGUCCCACCUGAAGAAGACUCUUAAAGACGACCUCGCCACUAAGGCCAACAUCGUCAUCGACCCCGCGGAGAUUCAGGCCGCGUCGAUGGACGACCUGGACGAAGACGAGGAGAGCGGAGCCGCUCAGAGGCCUUUCGGAGCAGCGGCGAUGGGCGGUGCGCUGGCCCGACCCAGCUGGUUGAGUUCUCCCACUCUGGGCCGGGCCAACCGGUUCCUGAGCACUGCGGCCGUCAGCCUGAUGACGCCGCGGCGGCCGCUGUCCCAGCCGGAGAAGGUGAAGGUUCGGACGCUGGCGGUGGAGCAGCGCACCGAGGAAGACAUCGAGGGUAGCCACGGAAACGACGGCCUGUUGCUGGGGCGACCGCAGGAGGAGCCCGACCAGCCAAUCACAGACAAGUCUCUGCUGGAGAUCAUCGACGGCAUCGUGAUGAUGUACAACCUGAGCGUCCAUCAGCAGCUGGGGAAGAUGGUGGUGGUGGCAGACGAGGUCCAUGAGUACGCUGUGGCUCUGAAGGACACCGAGGAGAAGAUCGAUCGCUGCCCCACCAGACGCGCAGACAUCCUGGACGAGCUGCAGAAAAGCCAGAAGGUUUUUGCAGAAAAGCUGAACCAUCUGAGCCGCCGGCUGGCCUGGAUCAACGCCACCAUCUACUCCAAGGAGAAGAUGCUGGACGUCUACUGGCUGCUGUGCGUCUGCAUCCGGACCAUCGAGCACGCCGACAACACGGCGUCGCUGUUCGCCUUCACGCCGGAGUUCUACCUCAACGUGGCCAUGAACGCCUACAGCGCCCUGAAGAACUACUUCAGCCCCGCCAACAGCAUGGACGAGCUGCCAGGUUACGAGGAAACGCUGACUCAGCUCGCCGCCAUCCUCGCCAAGCACUUUGCGGACCCACGCAUCGUUGGGACAGAUAUCAAAGAUUCCCUGAUGCAGGCGCUGGCCAGCUACGUCUGUUACCCACAAUCCCUCAGGGCGGUGGAGAGGAUCCCAGAGGAGCAGCGAGUGGCCAUGAUGAGGAACCUUCUGGCUCCGUAUGAGCAGAGACCCUGGGCUCAGACCAACUGGAUCCUGGUCAGACUCUGGAGGGGCUGCGGGUUCGGCUACAGGUAUACCCGCCUGCCUCACCUGCUGAAGACCAAACCCGAGGACGCCAACCUGCCCAGCCUGCAGAAGCCGUGCCCGUCGUUGCUGCUGCAGAGACACAUGGCGGAGCUGCUGAGCAUGGACAAAGACAUGGCCGCCUCCUUCCUCAACAGCGUCCUGAACCAGCUCAACUGGGCCUUCUCCGAGUUCAUCGGCAUGAUCCAGGAGAUCCAGCAGGCAGCGGAGCGCCCAGAGAGGAACUUUGUGGACACCCGUCAGCUGAAGGUGUGCGCGACCUGCUUCGACCUUUCCGUCAGCCUGCUCAGGGUUCUGGAGAUGACCGUGACUCUGGUUCCGGAGAUCUUCCUGGAUUGGACCCGGCCGUCGGCGGAGCUGCUGCUGAGGCGGCUCGCCCAGCUGCUGAACCAGGUUCUGAACCGAGUCACGGCCGAGAAGAACCUGUUCGAUCGGGUCGUUAACCUUCGGCUGCCAGGUCUGGAGAGCGUGGACCACUACCCGAUCCUGGUGGCCGUGACGGGAAUCCUGGUCCGGAUCCUGGUGGACGGAGACAAACAGGGAACGUCCAGAGCUUCCUCCGUCCUCCUCUCCGACCCCUGCUUCCAGCUCCACUCCAUCCAGCACCUCCUGGGGGAACCGGCAGAGUCCACAGGGCCGUCCGCCGGGCCCACAGUCGCCGGCCGGCCCGUAGCCGGGCCUCCGGGUCCCUCUGCGGCGCCGCCGGCUCCUCCGGCGGCUGGGAGUGCCUCAGAGAGGAAACACUUCUCCCUGCAUGCAUACACCGACUACAUCAGCCUGGAGGAGAAGCAGAAGGUGGAGGAGAUGCUGGAGUUUCUCACCGAGGAGUCCAAGCAGGCUGCCGCCUCCACAGCGCCGACCAGCGAGGAAGAUCUCUGCCCCAUCUGCUACGCCCACUCCAUCUCCGCCGUCUUCAGGCCCUGCUCACACAAGUCCUGCAAAGCCUGCAUCAAUCAGCAUCUGAUGAACAACAAGGAUUGCUUCUUCUGCAAGGCCACCAUCACCGGGGUGGAGGACUACAGCAAGCCCUCCUAACACACACACACACACACACACACACACACACACACACCGGAGCUCCGCCCACCGUCCAACAUGGAGGCGUCUGCAGCCAAUCAGCUGGCAGCUCAACGGAGACUAGCAGGCUGAGCUUUUAUUUUGAAAGAGUCCUGGCGUGUGUGUGUGAUAGCAACUCUGGACCGUUCUCCCCUUCAGAACCAGAACCAGGCCGACUCAUGGAUGAGCCGCAGCAUUAGAAGCAGCUUGGUUCAGGUCCACUGUAGCUUCAGGUUCUGGUUCUGGUUCUGGAGCUGGUUGAACGUCUCUGAGUGUUUAAGAGCAAAAAUGCAGCAACGGAUCGGACGGUUCUGAUCCAGAUGUUGGUUCUGUUGGUGCGAAACUGCAGCAUACCUGUAACCUGAUUAAAUUAUUAAUCCUGAACCAAA